AUGGUGCAUUCUGUUAUCAGUCACUGUCAAAACCUAAUCGAGUCAAAUGGAACUACAGAGAAAAAAAAGAAGAAGAAAGAAGAGGAAGAAGACGGUGGAAGAAGCAUUACAUUAACACAUUCUCCAGAAGAAGAAUGUGGACGCGGAUACUUGCACGAGCAACACGUUCCGGGUGCGCGCAACUGCUCAUCAAUUCACCAACGCAUCUCUAACCCUAUCUUUUUCAAAAUCCCCAAAUCAAGUUUCCCUCAAAUUCUCUACAACCCUCGAUUUUUCGCCACCGAUUCCACGCUCACCCUCGAUGAUGAGCUCCCACAACUCUCACCGUAUUCUUCAGAAAACGGCGGUGACAGACAGCGCGUAGACGAAGGAGACACUUAUGCAGAAGGAGACACGUAUGCAGAAGGAGACACUUAUGCAGAAGGAGACACGUAUGAGAUUGAAGUGGACAAGUUGGAGAGUGUGCUUCGUCUUCUUCAAACCAGUGCCGAUGGGUCCUUUGAGUCAUGUUUGGAUGACAUGGAUUUGACUCUGCAUCAGCAAUUGGUGACAAAUCCACUAGUUUCGGUUUGGCAGUGCAAGUUAUUUCUUGAUCGAACCCAUACAACACCGGAAAGUUGGAUCAGCUACAUUGAAAGUGAGGAGUCCAAAAUUCGCAGUUGUUACUCAGGCACACUUGUGUUCGACAAGAAGAAACUGGUAGAGAUAAUCUUUGUGGAUUGCGGUUUUAUACUUGAACUCUUUUGGAGAGAUUAUUAUGACAAUGAGUUAAGUGAUGAGUUAAGUGAUGACAUCAAUUAUCUUUCAGCACCAUGGUUAGACAAUAUUCUGCAAUGUGAUUUGGUAUUGCUUGAAAAUCAACUUCCCUUUUAUGUUCUUGACAAACUCUUUACUAUAUCCUCUGAAUUUUUGGCUACCUAUGAAUCUCCUACACACGGUCGUAAUAGUAACAUCCCUUCAUUUAUCGAGCUUACGUGUAAGUUUUUUGCCCAAUUCAAUAGAUACAAGUUGAUUCUUACCAACAACAACGAGAUAAAGCACUUCACUGAUCUGAUACGAGUCAUUUACUUAAAAUUUCGUUGGAGAGAAGGAGAAGAAGAGUUUUCAAGGAGAGAAGAAUUGCUGAAACAUCUUCCUAGUGCUACUGAGUUGUCAGAAGCAGGAGUAAGGUUUAAGGUAACCGAAAAUAAGUGUUUACUAAACUGGAAAUUAACAAAAUCUGUUCUUGAAAUCCCGCACUUGGUUAUAGAUGAUAGUUCUGAACUUGUGUUUCGCAACAUGGUAGCUUUAGAGCAGUGUCAUUAUCCUUCUGAGUCCUACAUUACUGAUUAUAUUGUAGUUCUGGACUUUCUGGUAAACACAAGCAAUGAUGUGGAUCUACUGGUUCGAAAGGGAAUACUGGUGAACUAUUUAGGAGACAGCGAUUCUGCGGCUAAAAUGAUUAAUAGUCUUUGGAAAAAUAUAACGCAGACAAAUUUUAGUUCCCAUUACUUUCGUCUCUGCAAAGACUUGAAUGCUUUCUGUAAAAACCCCUGUCGUAAAUUGAAGGCAACUUUGAGACGUGAUUAUUGUAAAGGUCCAUGGCAAACCGCUGCUACAAUUGCUGCAAUUGUUCUUCUUCUUCUAUCUUUUGUUCAAACACUUUGCUCUAUCUGGGAAGUAUACAAGAAGCAAUAGAACCCAUGUUCGAUCACUUUUUCCUUUUUUUUUUUUAUCUGUACCUUUUUUUAGCUUUAUUUUACCAUGAUCUCUUUGUCUUGUUCCUCAAUUAAUAGCAAUAGUUCUCUUUUUUAUAGUGUGUUUGGUGUGUCAUUUUGCUACCAAUUAUUAAUGUACCCUGUUUAGUAAUUUUAAU